AUGGAUCAGAUCAAGGAAUACUACCAACGCUGGCGCGACGUCCCACAGCCACGCAAGAUCAGGGUCAUCAAGCUCAUCGCGUUCGCGUGCUACUUCUUCUUCCUGUUUCUUCUCGUCAUCUAUGCGUUUGGGCGGACGGGGCAGAGGACGUUGGUCAUUGUGCCCACUGUUCUCUUCACCGACGGCACGCCGUACAACAUGGAGAUGAUUCGCUAUCUUGCUCAGCGCCGCGACGUCGCUAUCGGCAUGAUUGUCGUGAGCAACAACGCGCUUGCUGUCGAAAAGCUGCGCUCAAAUGUGGGUAACGUCGAGGGCAUUCUUAGUGCCCUCCAUGCGGAGGGGUACACGAAGAAGGUCCCGGUGUACGCAUCGCAUACAUCCUCCUCCAAUAACUUUGAGGCGCCGCUGGACGAGAUGCUGGCGAGACAGUCCGUGAAGUUUGUCAUUGUCGGCCCGUGCACGGAGGCGGCGCACUUCUUGAUGGCGCACCCGGCGCACCGCUCAAAUAUCGUCGACAUCUUCGUCGCCGGUGGCGCCUUCAACAAGGCCGGCAACGCCAACUACCUCUUCAGGCCGAACGUGAAGGCGGAGCGGAACUUCUACAUGGAUCCCGCGGCGGCUGGCUACAUUACGGAGGCUUCGCAUGGACGGCCCGUGACGCUGUUUCCUAUCGAUGUGACCGUUGCGUGGACGGAGGAGGCCUAUGCAGCCAUCGUAUCGAAUCCGUCCUCCACGGCCGCGAGCGUCGAGACGGUGGCGACAGGGCUGCGGUGGUACUACCAGAAUGUCGACAGCACCCGUAGCACAACGGUGGGCUUGAUGGCAGCCGCUUACGCGUCCGAUGCGCAGGUUCGGGAAACCGCCGCGUACACCUCAAUUCCUGUCCGCGUGAGGACGGCGGAGACGAACUCGACGAAUGGCCAGUCGUACCGUCCCGCCUCGGGUACGCAGGUGCGGGUCAUGCUGAGCGUGGCGGCGGACACCUUCUUUAGUCACCUGGUCAGGGUUGACAAGCUCCCUCUGACGUAG